CUGGAGAUCAUGGAAAUUACAACUAUAAACUCCUUCUUCUUUUGCUUGUUGAUAAUUUCUGGGUUUUCAGAGUCUGUAAGAAGCUGGGAUAGCUGUCCAGAACCUGAAACAACAUGUGGAAACCUUCGUGUUCGGUUUCCUUUUCGAGUAAAAGGACGCCAACCAGAACAGUGUGGGUAUCCUGGGUUUGCUUUACAAUGUUCAUCUACCACUCAUGCUGUUCUUGAGCUUGGGUCUGUGAAGCUCAAUGUCAGACACAUUGACUACAAAUCCCAAACCAUUCAGUUGUAUGAUCCUUCUGGUUGUCUUUCUAGACAUGUCCGUAAUCUCACUCUGCUUCAUUCCCCUUUCCAGUUCAUUGACCAGAAUCUUAAUGACUUCACCAUUUUCAAUUGCUCAUCACCUAGAGAUGGAGCAAUUAUUUCAACGUGCCUGAGCAGCUCUUCCCAUCAAGUGUAUGCUGUUUUAUCAUAUCGUGAGAUUGGGAAGCUUCCCUUGUUAUUUUGCAGCAAAGUAUUCAACAUUUCAUCCGUCCCACCUGAGAUAUUUGAUGAUGACAACACUCUUCAUUUGAUGUGGUCUAAACCAAUGUGUAAACAUUGUGAAUCAAAUGGAACGACAUGUGGAUUCAAGAACAGUAAUAACAGCUAUGAUACUGCAUGUUUCGGGGAUCGUCACAGUGGUUCAUCAAACAAAUUUGUAAUUACAGGAUCAAUCAUGGGCUCACUUCUAGUGGUCAGUACUCUUGUUGCAAUUCAUUACAUCCACAAAUCUUGCAAAUCACGGAAAGAAAGCCAAGCAAUAAUUGAGAAGUUUUUGAAAGAUUAUAGAGCUCUCAAGCCUACAAGAUAUUCUUAUGCUGAAAUUAAGAGGAUUGCCAAUCAAUUUGAAGACAAGUUAGGGGAAGGAUCUUUUGGUACUGUGUUCAAAGGAAGCAUUUCAUCUGAGUUCAAAGUUGCGGUGAAGAUCCUCACUAAUUCUGAAGGAAAUGGCGAAGAAUUCAUCACUGAAGUAGGAACAAUGGGAAAAAUUCAUCAUGUCAACAUUAUUCGUUUAAUUGGGUUCUGUGCAGAUGGCUUUAGAAGAGCACUGGUUUACGAGUACUUUCCAAAUGGUUCAUUACAAAAUUUCAUAACUUCACCCGACAAUAGGCAAAACUUUCUUGGUUGGACAAAGCUCCAUGAAAUUGCUUUAGGCAUAGCCAAAGGAAUUGAAUAUCUUCAUCAAGGGUGUGAGCAACGCAUACUUCAUUUUGACAUCAAACCUCAUAAUGUUUUACUGGAUGAUGACUUCAUGCCAAAAAUAUGUGAUUUUGGGCUGGCUAAAUUGUGUUCCAAAGACCAAAGUGUAGUGUCAAUGACUACUGCCAGAGGAACUUUGGGCUACAUCGCUCCAGAAGUCUUCUCUCGAAACUUUGGCAAUGUGUCUCACAAAGCAGAUGUUUAUAGUUUUGGGAUGUUACUACUUGAAGUGAUUGGAGGGAAAAAGAUCACCCAUGACACAAAAGAAAAUACAAGUCAUGUAUACUAUCCAGAAUGGAUGCAUAACACCUUAGAAGAAAGAGAGGACGUAAGAAUUCAUAUUGAGGAGGAAGAGGAUGCUAAAAUUGCAAGAAAAUUGGGAAUAGUGGGCCUUUGGUGCAUCCAAUGGCAUGCUGUGAAUCGACCAUCAAUGCAAGUGGUGGUUCAAAUGUUAGAAGGACAAGGAGACAAAUUACCAAUACCUCCAAAUCCUUUUGAUUCUGAAGGCCCUUCAACAAGAGAAAGGGCCAAUGUACAUGCAAGAAAUCUAAUGCAAGGUUUAGAAAUAAUUCAGGAAGUAGAGUGAAAGCCAAUAACUGUUUUUGGUAGAUUUGUAAGUUUGUCUUUUAGAUUGUGUGGUUCUGUCAUUGAUUGUAUUUGUGUAUGUACUUUUGAGAACCUUCAGUCACUUGAACAUAGAAAAAUGCAAAGAUAGAAAGCACAUAUCUAAGCCUUCUUGAUUCUUUA